AUGCUUAGGAUUCUGCAAUCAUGGAGAGCUGGUCUGGCUGGCUGUGUGGUAGCACUCCUCCUGCGGUACUAUCAAUCCCAAUCCUCUGACCGCGCCAGCGUAUCGUCGCAAGGCCCCGACGUCACCGCUAUUGUCCUCAACUGGUCCCGCUUCCCAAAUGUCGUCAAGAUCGCCUCUGUGCUAUGCGAUCCAGCCUUGAACACUGUCAUUCAGAAUGUAACGAUUUGGAAUAACAAUCCAGCAUCUCUGAGCGUUGCGGACUUUGCGGACGCCAAGUGUCCGACUGGGAAACUACAUAUCUACAAUUCCCCGACCAAUGCGUUGUUCCAGGCGCGCUACAUAGCGUGCCAGCAUGCGGCUACGCCGUACUGUUUCAUUCAGGAUGACGACUAUCUCGUCUUACCAGAGAUCAUACGAACGAUGCGGUCUCGGAUCCCCCAGUCAGCAGAAAGAGGGAUCCACCUCCUUCCUCCUCACGAAAUGCUAUCCACUACCUUGCGGCCGAUCAGCCCUCCGGGCACGGACAUACACACAGGGUUCGCGUGGUUAGGACACGGUGCCAUGAUAUCCAGAACGAGGGCUACCGAAUUCCUACAGCUAAUGAACGAAUACGCUACUGACGAACAGCUCAAAAUGGCUGAUAACUAUUAUACCAUUCUGGCGAAUAGGAUCCCGGAGGUGUGGUUUGAUCAGGGGAUACCGCUCGGUGGGGGAGAAGCCUUCACGGUCGGAUCCGAAGGAGAUGAGCGGAACGAGAGGCAUAUUCGGAACGCCAUCGAGAUGCUGGGGAAGAUAUUGCAGACCAAUGAUAGUGUUCCCUACGUGAACCGGAAUCCGGACUCUGCGUCCUUGGGGUCGGUCCUUAUUGCGCCUCGAAGGGGGUCAGACGCUUUGUUUGAGACGAACAUCGAUGUUCUCCCCGCGCCUGCCGGCAUUUUAGAUGAUGCAAUACGGAAUCAUUAUCUGGACCAUCCGCCGUCGCACGCUGUCGACGGACGCACUGAUACCGCCUUUUGUCCUAUUAGUGGGGCUCAACGGGGAGAAUACUUGCUGUUUGACACUAUCAAUGGUAUAUCGCCGCACCAAAAUGCAUCACUGGUGUUUCUAGUCGACCCACUUGGCUGUGCUGCCCUCCGUUCGAGCACCUUUGAAGGGUCAGCAGACGGCAUGACCUGGGGUUCACUGAGGCCUAGCCAUCUCAUUUGUGAUCCAGAACAUCAAUCUAUAUCAGCCGAGACACCGAAGAGCAACGCUCCUGGCGAACGUGAACCUGCUCUGGUGUCUGUACGAGAUCUGGAUUGA